AUGCAUUUCACAUCCGUCACGGCACUCGCUGCCCUCUCCUCCAUCGGCGUGACCUACGCCGCGCCAUUUGCCAACUCUCAGAAAGAUAUCGCUCGCAGGGCAAACUACGACGUUGUCAAUGUUGGCGGCGAGUCCUCUAGCUCAGCCACUCCCGAAAUUGAGACUGUCACCGAAACUCUCAACUCGAUCGUGACAGCACCCGGUGCUCCUGCUGUACCUUCUACAGUGACGGUGACUGCCACGCCCUCCGUGGCUGCCACCUCGACCCCGGUCUCGCACAAUGCUCCCCCACCUGGCGCCUCUUUCAUGCCCGCACCGGGCUCUUCGUCCUUCUUCCGCCGGGGUCUGAAGGCCGCAGGUGACCCGCUCCUGUAUGCCCGCAGCUGGGCUCCUUCGUCUAGCGCUUCCCUUGCGGCUCGCUACUGGUAUCCCUCAUCCUCUCUGGCCACCCCCAGCUCCCUGGCAGCUCGUCAAUGGAGCACCUGGACUCCCUCGCUGUCCACACCCACCUCGAGCGUUGCUGCUUCCACUUCUUUGGCCGCACGCCAGUGGGGCGGUUUGUCUUCUUCGGUGGCCACUCCCACCUUGAGUGUGAUUCCUCGCACUUCUCUGGUUGCACGCCAGUGGGGCGGCUGGUCUUCCAGCAUCCCUCUGUCUUCUCCCACCUCCAGUGUGCCCGUCUCUGCUACUCCCCUGGCUGCUCGCAACUACAAUGACGACUCCUACUACUCCUCUGCUUCGAUCGCCUCUCCAUCUCUGCCGAGUGUGAGCAUUCCGGCCUCGCCUACUCCUUUUGCUCGCGGGGCUAUCCAGAGCGCUCCUAGCUCCAGCCGGUCUCUCGGGGCCUCGUCCACCCUCCUGCCGUACUAA